GACUGAGGCAUCCAACAUGUUUUCCAAGGAUUUUUUUUCCCCCUGCUCUGCUGCAAGGCUGUGCCAGCCUGUCUGUGCCUCGCUCUCCCUUCACUGGAAUUUAAAAGUACCUUCCCCACCCUCCCCAAAAAGCCAGCAGUGCCCUAUCUGACAGGAAUGACAGACGAAUGGAAAAGCCUGAUUAGAGCCCGUAAAAUCCACUGUAGCAUGGAGAGACAGGGUGAAGUGUUGACACUCUUCCAGUACAAAUGUCAGGGCAUCAGGUGAAACAAGAAGGAGCAAAGUCCGGAGCAGACUGAGGUUUUUUUUCUCCUGGCCAGUUCCCUCACAGCCCCGGGGCACCGCUGGGUAUCAUGAGUUCUAGAGGAGGCUGCACACCCUCACAGGGCAGCGGUCCCUCCAUCAUCCUCGAACACAAAUCCCCAGCUGGCUCAGGAGAGCCCCAAACAGGCGACCAGGAGUGGGUAGGAGAAGGUUUUGGACAAGACUGUUCUCACCUUCCUCCCUGGGCAUCCCCUCGAGGCUGCUGGGAGAGGAAAACACAGGAUGUCCCAGGGAGCCCACUGAAGCCUUCUGAUGUCCCAGGGAGCCCACUGAAGCCCUGGUUUUCUUUUCAGCAUGAUGAAAUUCUGUUGACUCCCUGGAGGGAUUAUCCUGUGGAGGACACAGACCCCUUCACCCCCCCGAGUGAAGAGAAGUGGGAUUUCGUUCUGGUGAGCGACAUCCAUGAAGUGGGCAGUGAGAAGGAGACCAAGAGGAAGAAGUUCCUGGAUGAGCUGAGCAAGAAGGGGUUCACCAUCAAGAAAAUUGAGGACACGAAGCUAUUUUAUGGAGUCCGUGCCCCAGAGCAGGUCUUCCGGAAGUACCAGUGUCUUCUGGGGAACCCCGACAAGAAGCUCCAAAAUGAAAAUUCCCCCCAGGACAUCCCAAUGACCACCAGGAUAAGGAUCGUGCACUUAAUCCUGCGGAACACGGUGACACCUGACUUGGAGAAGCUGCACGGCCUGAUGAAGAAAAACGUGUUUGAGGCAGCGUUUCCCCUGCAUGAGAAGGAAGCUGUAAGGGAAUUCUCCAGGGACAACUGGGCUCGCUGGAGAGGUGUAUUUAACCAGCAACCAAUUGAGAAGAUCAGGUGCUAUUUUGGUGAGAAGGUGGCCUUAUACUUCGCCUGGCUGGGCUGGUACACCUACCUGCUGGGUUUUGCUGCACUGGCUGGGGUGGUGACCUUCGUGGCUGGGAUUACUCUCUUCAGUUCCAGCCAGGUGAGCAGGGAGAUCUGUGAGGCCAACACCACCAUCAUGUGCCCGCUCUGUGACAAGAAGUGCCCCUACUGGGUCCUCUCCGACACCUGCACCUACGCCAAGGUCACUCACAUGAUUGACAACGAGGCCACGGUCCUUUUUGCCAUAUUCAUGGCCCUCUGGGCCACUGUGUUCCUGGAGCUGUGGAAGAGGCAGAGAGCCACUGUGGUCACCAACUGGAACCUAUACGGGUGGGAUGAGGAAGAGGAGGAGCUGGCUAUGGAACUGAUCAAUAAUUUACAGCAUGAACCCCGGAAGUACCAGCACUCCUACUUCCGCAGCACCAUCAUCCUCCUCUUGGUCCUGCUGAUGAUCCUGGUGCUGAUCGGCAUCGCCCACGCGCUCGUCAUCUACCGCGUGAUCGCCACGGCGCUCUUCGCCCAGAGCGGCCUGGGGCUGCUGCGGGAGCAGGCCGACACCACGGCCGUGGUGACGGGGGCCGUGCUGCACUACCUCACCAUCGUCAUCAUGACCAAGAUCAACAGGCGCGUGGCCCUCUUCCUCUGCGACCUGGAGAAACCACGGAGCUUCUCCCAGCGGGAGAAAAACUUCACCAUGAAGAUUUUUACCUUCCAGUUCUUCACAAACUUCUCCUCGCUCAUCUACAUUGCCUUCUUCCUGGGACGGAUCAACGGCCGCCCAGGGCACUACGUGCGCAUCGCCGGCCGGUGGAGGCUGGAGGAGUGCCACCCCAGCGGAUGCAUCACUGACCUCUUCAUCCAGAUGGCCAUCAUCAUGAUGCUCAAGCAGACCAUCAGCAAUGUGAUGGAGUAUCUCAUCCCCUGGAUAAGCCACAAGCUACGCAAGAACCAAAAGCGCCCCAAGAAGAGGAGCAUAUUUCUGGGAGAGGAGGAGGAGGCUGAGGACCCCUGCAAAAGGCAGUGGCUGAAGAACUAUGCGCUCAACGAGGUCAACGUCUUCAGCUUGUUCGACGAGUUCUUGGAGAUGAUGAUCCAGUACAGCUUCACCACCAUCUUUGUCGCUGCCUUCCCCCUGGCCCCGCUCCUGGCGUUCUUCAACAACAUGUUCGAGAUCCACAUGGACGCCAUCAAGAUGGUGCGGCUGCACCGGCGCAUGGUGCCCAGGAGGGCCAACGACAUCGGGAUCUGGCUCCAGGUCCUGGAGGCCAUCGGCAUCCUGGCUGUCAUCGGGAACGGGCUGGUGAUUGCCAUCACCUCCGACUUCAUCCCCAUGCAGGUCUACAAGUACAUGUACAGCCCCUGUGUGGGGGAGAACCGCACUAACGUGGACUGCUCCACGGGGUACAUCAACCACAGCCUCUCCAUCUUCCACAUCCGGGAUUUCGAGCCUGACAUUGGUAUGCCUGAGAUGCUGCCAAACUUUGACAGGGAUGAGAUCAAGGAGUGCAGGUACCGGGAUUACCGGAACGCCGACGACUACUCCUACACCAUGCAGUUCUGGCACGUCUUGGCAGCCCGGCUUGCCUUCCUCAUCAUCUUCGAGCACGUGGCUCUGUGUGUCAAGCUGAUCGCAGCCUGGUACAUCCCCGACGUCCCCCAGAAGGUCAAGAAUGAGCUUCUGUGCAGAAAACACACUGACCUGCGUAAAGAACUGAGCAUGAUGGAGUACUCCACCGAGGUGUAGCCACCGCUGACCCAGGAGAAGGAGAACACGGACUUGAGCCCCCUCCCCAGCCUGGCAGUGCCAGGGGUGCUGGAUGAACCCCCUGGCACAGUGCCACGUGUGACUGAGCUGGACUUGAACUGGGAAGUGAUGCCCAGACGGUGGCUUUGCAGGAACAGGAUGCUUUCCAACUUGGAAAGGAAGGACGCUGUGGCAGAGCUGGGAUGUGCCUUCCCUGCACACGGAGUAGCUGGGACAGAGCUGUGGUGCUGGGGACAAACCUGGGGGCAGCACCCGGCUGGGCUGCAGCAGGCGACCUAAGUCCUCCUCACUCACUGCCUUAAGCACAGGAAACACCAGUUACCUCAUUCCAGGUUCCCUCUCCAGGCCUUUUUUUGCACUUUGGCCUCUUUUUCCACUGCCUUCCGUGACCUCCCCACUCCGCACCGCUGGGGAACAUGAGUCCCUCUUUCACUGCAGUCCUCCUCGGCAUGAUUCCCACGUGGCUGCAGCUCUGACCUGCUGUUUCCCUGGAAAAAAUGCCGUUGUUAUCCUGACUGAGUUUAGCUCCAGGCUCAGCCGAGUCCUGACAGUUGUGCCUGGCCCAACUACCACCAGCAAACAGUAAAUAAACACAACCCACACGCGGACAUACAGACUUUCACCUGCUGCCUGGUCUUGCUCCUGCCUUCCUCCUCUGCCAUCCCCAACACCCAAAGAAACUGUGCCCCAAAACCUUUCCUUGUCUCACUGGGGACAGUCACA